AUGUUUCGCUUGAUAGAAUCGCUCAGCGCAGUGCUGCUGAUCGCAGGCUCGGCCUCUGCGCAACGUGAAGACGGACAGUUCUGGCCCUGCAACCCCAUCAAGAAUGCAACAGGCGCCUGCAAACCCAACCCCGGACUUCCAACCACCAAGUACGAAAUCGACUUCACCAAGGUCUCAUCCAUUCCACCCGAGUGGACGAUCUCCAACUAUGCCACUAUAAACUUCGGACCCAAUGGAGCCGAGUUCACCUACAACAAACGCUGGGACGCGCCCCAACUCUGGACGAAUUUCUUCAUCCUCUUCGGCAAAGUCGACAUCGAGAUGCGUAUUGCAAGUGGCGUGGGCAUGAUUUCUAGCGCGGUACUCAUGUCCGAUGAUUUCGAUGAGAUAGACUUUGAGUUCUCCGGCAACAACUUCGGCAAUCCAGCCUGGUCUGCUGGCGUUGGUCAAAACAACUACUUCGGCAAAGGUCUCACAGGAAAUUACGAUCGAGGCUCGUAUUUCGAAGUUUCUCGUCCUCAGGAUACUUUCCAUACAUAUUCAUUCGAGUGGCGAAAAGCGUUUCUGAACUGGGAACUCGAUGGGAAAGUGAUAAGGCAGUUCAGAUAUGAUCAGUCGUCCGGCGAUCAAGGGAACUAUCAGUAUCCGCAGACGCCAUCGAAAUUGCAGCUGGGGAUCUGGGCUGGAGGCGAUCCGAGUAUGAAUGAGGGGACGAAGAGUUGGGCUGGUGGUGAGACUGAUGUUAAUGGUGGGCCUUAUACGAUGUACAUCCGCAAAGUCACAAUCCACAACUACAAUCCCGCCCACGCAUACAACUGGACCGAUCAGUCAGGCAAAUGGCAAAGUAUCCAAAUCUCACAAGAUAAGAAAGCACCCGUCAGCAACGUGACCGUCACCAUCAAGCCUCCGAGCAUGGGCACGAACUCCACGAGUGCUUCGGGGCAGAGUAGCAGCACGAAAACUAUCAGCAGCAGUAGCACACGUACUACCACGCCUCCUCCUCCCGGCACAACCGCAUCGACCUCAAGUCGCAGCACAAGUACAACAACCAAACGAAUUACAUCGACCUCCACAAUCUCCCAAACCUCCACCGUAUCUCUCAGUUCCGCACCACCAUCCUCAUCAAACACCAAACCCUCCACGAAAUCUUCUUCUACUUGCAAGACAUCAACGCUUACCACAACCCGCUGUUCGACCUACACCGCCCUAGUAGCUGGCUCAGACGGAAAGAAGACUUCUACGACAAAAAUUGUAACGUACACGAGUACAUAUAAAGUUGCGGGGACGAGUACGGUGACGGGUGUCGGACCGACACCGCAGGCGGCGGAGAAGUGGGUGAAUUGGGGAGGUUGGAAUGAAGGGUGGUGGACGACGGAUGCGGAUGGAAAGGCGGAGUAUGUUGGGGGAGUUGCGUAG